AUGUCGUCAUCAUCAUCUAAAACAAUCAUCAAUAAAUUUACAUCACCAACUUCGCCAUUACAACCUAUAUAUCAAGUUGAUUCCAUGAUUAAUAUUGUUGGAGAAUCAAAUAAUGGUGGAAUAUUUUUAUUCGAGAGUGAACGUCAUCUUGUAUAUACUAAUAAAUAUACAUGUACAUUGUACACUGUAUGUAUUUUUGGUUGUUGGAUAUGUACUAUUCCAUCAAUUGUUGUUACUAUAUUAGCUCGAAUAGCUGCUCAAAAAAAUCAAAUAUCUCGAGCUAAAGUGAUGUUUAAUAUUGCAUUCAUUUUUUCAUUCUUUGGUUUAAUAUUAUUUGCUGUACAAGCAGGUUAUUUAACAUGGCUUAUACGUUAUCUCUUACAUAGAUUUCUCACUUAA